CCUUCCCAUCCGCCACAGCACACGGAGAGAGGACAGAGAAAAAAAACCCCCAAAUCCCAGAACCCUAGGCGGCGAAGGAGAUGGCGUCGAACCCCCGCGUGUUCUUCGACAUGACCGUCGGCGGGCAGCCGGCGGGGCGGAUCGUGAUGGAGCUGUACGCGAGCGAGGUCCCCCGCACCGCGGAGAACUUCCGCGCGCUGUGCACGGGCGAGAAGGGCGUGGGGAAGAGCGGGAAGCCGCUCCACUACAAGGGCUCCACCUUCCACCGCGUGAUCCCCGACUUCAUGUGCCAGGGCGGCGACUUCACCCGCGGCAACGGCACCGGCGGCGAGUCGAUCUACGGCGAGAAGUUCCCCGACGAGAAGUUCGUGCGCAAGCACACGGGCGCGGGCGUGCUCUCCAUGGCCAACGCCGGGCCCAACACCAACGGGUCCCAGUUCUUCAUCUGCACCGUGCCCACCCCCUGGCUCGACGGCAAGCACGUCGUCUUCGGGCAGGUCGUCGAGGGUCUCGACAUCGUCAAGGCCAUCGAGAAGGUGGGCUCGCGCGGCGGCGCCACCCUCAAGGAGGUGAAGAUCGCCGACUGCGGCCAGCUCUCCUAGAUCUAUCUAUCCCUUUCCGUCGAGUCCGCGUGCGUCGCUUUCGUUCGCUCUGAAAUAAGAUGGUGAUCUGACUAUCUGAGUUGUGGUCGAGUCGAGUCGUUUCUUCUAUCCAUCCGAUCGAUCCAUGUGUUGUGGUGUCCGUCCGUGGCUGAAUUAGCAGGGCUCUAUCUAGGUGGAUCUGCGAAUCCAAUCCGGUGUGAUGGUCUAAUUCGUGUCUAUGCUGCUAUGGUACGAUCCAUUCCAUGAUGGUUCCUUCUACGAUAGUAUCUGAAACCUCACCUUUGGUGUUUGGGAA